UUUUAGUCACCAUUGAGCUCUCGUUUAACAAUAAAGUGUGAAUUUUACCGGAAAAUAGAUUUUUGGCCUCUAACCCCCUCCUAGUUAUUGAAUUGUUUUACUUCAACGUUGUUUUUUGUUGAGCAAUAUUCAGAAAUCUUUUUUACCCAAAUCUUUUUUGCUCCGAGGGACGCUUAAAACAAAGUUGUCGGUUUUGACACCAAGUUGUGAAAACCUUUAAUACGAAAACGUUGUGAAAAUUUUGAAUUUGUUUAAAAAUCAUUUCGACCAAAUGGUUGUAUCGUCAGAUAAUCGAAUACGACUUCGGCGUUAUAGUGCCAGUUUGAAAACAAAAACGCUAAAUGUCCGUGUUACCACUAUGGAUGCCGAGCUGGAGUUUGCCAUACAGCAAACGACAACCGGCAAACAGCUCUUCGAUCAAGUUGUCAAAACAAUCGGUCUACGUGAAGUAUGGUUCUUUGGUCUUCAAUACACCGACUCCAAGGGUGAUUCGACAUGGAUUAAGUUAUACAAAAAGCCUGAAUCACCGGCCCUUAAGACUAUUAAAUAUUUGAAAAAAGUAAAAAAAUACGUUGACAAACGUACAGCAGAUGGUCAUCCCAACAACAACGACGAAACCGAUGACAGUGAUGGCGAAGAUAUGACUGGAUCAAUGCCUUUUUCGACAUGGGUUAUGAACCAAGAUGUUAAAAAGGAAAAUCCUUUACAAUUCCGCUUCCGUGCUAAAUUCUAUCCUGAAGAUGUUGCCGAAGAAUUGAUUCAGGACAUUACCCUACGUCUUUUCUAUUUACAAGUUAAGAAUGCCAUAUUGUCGGAUGAAAUCUAUUGUCCUCCAGAAACUUCGGUCCUUUUGGCCUCGUAUGCUGUGCAAGCACGCCAUGGUGAUCACAACAAGAACCUGCAUUCGCCUGGCUUUUUGGCCAACGAUCGUCUGUUGCCUCAGCGUGUUAUCGAUCAGCACAAAAUGUCCAAGGAGGAAUGGGAACAAUCCAUAAUGACCUGGUGGCAGGAACACCGUGGUAUGUUGCGCGAAGAUGCCAUGAUGGAAUAUUUGAAAAUUGCUCAGGAUUUGGAAAUGUACGGUGUGAACUAUUUCGAAAUUAAGAAUAAAAAGGGCACCGAUCUGUGGUUGGGCGUCGAUGCCUUGGGCCUGAACAUCUACGAGCAAGAGGAUAAGUUGACACCGAAAAUUGGCUUCCCCUGGUCAGAGAUUCGUAACAUCUCCUUCUCGGACAAGAAAUUCAUCAUCAAGCCCAUCGAUAAGAAAGCACCUGACUUUGUCUUCUUUGCUCCCCGUGUGAGGAUCAAUAAGCGUAUUUUGGCCCUGUGCAUGGGCAAUCAUGAGUUGUAUAUGCGCCGCCGCAAGCCUGACACCAUUGAUGUGCAGCAAAUGAAGGCCCAGGCCAGAGAGGAGAAGAAUGCCAAACAACAGGAACGCGAAAAACUCCAAUUGGCUUUGGCUGCCCGCGAACGUGCCGAAAAGAAACAACAAGAAUACGAAGAUCGUCUCAAGCAAAUGCAAGAAGACAUGGAGCGUUCCCAGAAGGACUUGAUGGAAGCCCAAGAGAUGAUUCGUCGUUUGGAGGAGCAAUUGAAACAAUUGCAAGCCUCCAAGGAUGAAUUGGAAUUGCGCCAGAAGGAGUUGCAAGCCAUGUUGACUCGUCUCGAAGAGGCCAAACACAUGGAAGCAGCCGAAAAAGCCAAAUUGGAAGAAGAAAUUAUGGCUAAACAAAUGGAGGUUCAACGCAUCCAAGAGGAGGUCAAUCAAAAGGACGAAGAGACCAAGCGUCUGCAAGACGAAGUCGAAGAAGCCAGACGCAAGCAGGCUGAAGCUGCUGCCGCUUUGUUGGCUGCUUCCACCACGCCACAACACCAUCAUGUGGCCGAAGACGAAAAUGAGAAUGAGGAAGAACUCACCAAUGGUGAUGCUGGCGGUGAUGUAUCCCGCGAUUUGGAUACUGACGAACAUAUCAAAGAUCCCAUUGAGGAUAGACGUACAUUGGCUGAACGUAAUGAACGUUUACAUGAUCAAUUGAAGGCCUUGAAACAAGAUUUGGCCCAAUCUCGGGAUGAUACAAAAGAGACCCCGAACGAUAAGAUUCAUCGUGAAAAUGUACGCCAAGGACGCGACAAAUACAAGACAUUACGUGAAAUCCGUAAAGGCAAUACAAAACGUCGCGUUGAUCAAUUCGAGAAUAUGUAAAUUAUACUAUUACGCUCCCCCAAACACCACCACACACUUGUUUUUCUUUUUCGUUCAACUUUUUUUUUGUUAUUUUCAAAAAAAAUACAUAUAACAAUCCAAAACAAAACAACAACCAACAACUACAAUUUCCAAGCUUGUUUUUCGGGGUAUAUCAAAAAAAAAUAUAUAUUUUAAAAUUUUCUAUAAGAUCUUAGGAAAACCCAAUUAUUGCCGCCUACUAAAGAAAUCAAAAUCAAAAAAAAAACAAGCCAUCAAACAAACAAGAAAAGAAAACCCAACAUUACCCAACAAACACUACCAUGUUUUAUUAUUAUAUAUAUUAUUAUUAUUUCUUUAGAUAAUAAUUAAUUCCUCUUUAUAAAAUUUAAUUUUUUGCUGCGUUGAUCAUACAUGCAUAUGUAUAUGUGAAUACGAAUUCUAAUCUUAUUCAUAAAUUGUAGAAUUUGAAUAACAACAAAAAAUACAACAAAAUUACAUUUAAACGAAAAUCAACAAUAACAAAAUCAACCAAUCAACCAUCAACCAAUCAAUCAAAACAAGAUCCAUUCAUUUAAUGUAACAAAACGAAAAGCGAGUAAUAAAAACUUAAACAACAAACAAACAAACAAACACACACACACACAAUUUAGUAAUGAAAAACUUAAAAAAUAUAUAUACAUAAAUUAUAUUUAAAGAAAAAGUAUGUCUUCAAAAGUAAAAGGAAAAAUUAAAGAAAAAUGUCGCAAACAACACUAAACGCUUAUAAAAAGAAAGAGAAAGAAAA